AGGAUUUAAAAAAAAACACAGAAACAAAACAUUUUUUUUUCUCCUUUCUAUAUGUUUUGAGGAAUGAAGUAGAUUGUUCGUUUGUUUUAUAUCGUCUUGCUAGGAAAAAUUGUUACUCUGAAUUGAAUUCUUUAAACUUAUUUACACUUAGCACAGUUCAAAGGAUUAUCACAUGGAUUUAUGUUACACUAUUUAAAUAUUUAAAUAUUUCUUUGAUGAUACAUAUAACACUCUAAUAUGUAUCACUACACCCAAAUUUAAAUUGUGAACAUUCUCAACAUUUUACAUCUAAAAAUAGAAUCAACCGCAAUACAUAAAUUGUGAACAAAAAACCACAAUACAUAAAUACUAGAGCUAACAUUUUUUAACUUAAAGAUAACAACAAAACAAACUCUGCUGAAUCCCUUCAUUAAUUGUAUUAUUCAUACUUUUAACUGUGAACAAUUAAUAAAAUUUGACACAAAAAAGACAGUGCACAAUUACACAUUUACAAUUUCAAAUUGAUUUAUUUUGCAGAUCUAUAAAGUUUAGUAGUCUCUAAUGGAUAUUACACUAGUAGGAAAAACUUUAUCAUAAAAUAAAAAGCUAACUUAAAGUUCGUUUGAAAGUGUUAUCAUCUUAAAAUUGAAGGGAUCUUUUGAAAUGAUUAGAUAUUUGUCUAGUAAGGUACAUUUUUUUCUUUUUAUAGUUUUGAUUGUUUAAAUUUAAUUAUUUAAUUAAUCUUGACGUUUUCUAAGCAAUUAAAACCGUUGACAUUUUGAAGAAAUUAAUAUCUGAAAUGUUCUUUGUCUUUCCGUUGUUUGGUUUCACCAUAACUCAUUUCUUAAAGUCUUCUUCUUUAGUUUUAACCUUUUGUUUCAUGGAGGUAAAACUAUUUUUCCUUCUGAUAGCAUUAUUGGUGACUCUCUCAUCUUCAAAUUCCACAUCAAAUAUUGUGUUUGAAUCUCGAACAUCGGUUAGUGGAAGAAGCUUACUUAGUGCCAAGAAACAAUGUGAAGUGGACUUUCAGAGUAAGAACUACACGGAUCUGACGAGACAGUGCAGAGGUCCGACGUAUCCAGCGACAGAAUGUUGCGCGGCGUUUAAACAGUUUGCAUGUCCUUACGCGCAUCAAAUCAACGACUUGAAUACUGACUGUGCCAAGGUAAUGUUCAGCUACAUCACCGUUCACGGUAACUAUCCACUUGGCCUUUUCGCCAGCGAGUGCAAAGAAACGAAAGUGGGACUCGUUUGCCCUUCUUCACCUCGCGUUUCAGCCGCUCCUCAUCACACCACGCUGGUGGUCUCUGCCGCAACCGCUGUUUUGGCUUUUCUAGUGUUUUGGUUUAACAAUGAAAAGUAAUAGCGCUCCAACAAAAUAAACUUAUCUUUUGAUUCUGUAACCAUUAAUGUUAACAAGAACUGUGUAAAGCCAAAAGAAAUGAACAGAGUUUGCUAAAAAUAACCAAAAGGGUCAUGUGGGUAUAGCAAUAUCAGAAAAACUCUGGUAACAAUUGAGACAUGAACACCAAACCUACUGUUAGAAGCAACACUAACUGUAUAAGGAAACAUGAAGUGAUCUUACAUGCUCUCUUGUUGAUGGUUCAAGUGGUUUCAAGCAU